UAUCUCUUUUUCUAGUCUUUUUUUCUUAUUAUCAGGCUGUGGACCACUGAUGUGGAAUCGAUUCGACAUGGUCAACCGAAAUGAUGAUAACCGACGCUUAAUCCCGAGUGAAAAAUCAUGAUGCGCACAUGGCAGCCGACGGAGAGAUUAUUACAGGUAAGCACGGGGGUCGGGGAAGGGAGGGCGCAGACAAGAAAGGCUCCCGGAAGCAAUACCGCCCCCUUCCCAAUCUCGUAAUCAUACCACUGCCGCGACUGUUACCCACUAAUGCUCCCAGCUUAGGCAGGCACAGAGCCAAGCGGAGGCUGCGUCGCAGCAGCCCGUGCCUCGAUCCCACGAACCCCAACCCGGGGGGAAAAUUCAUCUUUGUUUCUGGAAAAGGGGAAGCUUUAUUUUGAGGGGCUAAUUGGUUCUCUCCUCCUCUGCUGAUUGCCUCUGUUGGAGCUGCAGAGGGAGAGGGAGGGAUCGAGGAGGACGAAUCAGAAAGGACAGAGUGGGUACAGCGGCAGUUAUUGUUUCAUCCUAUCUAUCUGCUGCAGCAAGUGGAAUCCAAGGGUUUACCAAGUGCUGGGAGAGUAUGGGAAGAAGCUGCUAUCAGGUCUGAAGCUUAGCUUAGCACAUCAGAGUUGGAGGCAUGUAUAAGAACCAACUCCAGGAGCUUGCUCAGAGGAGCUGCUUCAAUCUACCAUCCUAUGCAUGCAUCCGGGAGGGACCAGAUCAUGCGCCUCGGUUUAAGGCCACAGUUAAUUUCAAUGGAGAGACAUUCGAGAGCCCGGUGUUUUGUUCUACUUUGCGGCAGGCAGAGCAUGCGGCGGCUGAGGUAGCGCUCAAUGAGUUAUCAGAGAGGGGGCCUUCAUCAACACUGGCCGCCAAAGUUCUGGAUGAAACCGGGAUAUACAAGAAUCUACUUCAAGAAACUGCUCAUCGAGCUGGUUUAAAACUUCCAGUGUACACUACUGUUAGAUCUGGGCCAGGUCACACACCUGUGUUCACAUGCACAGUGGAGUUGGCAGGAAAGACAUUUACUGGCAAUCCUGGCAAGACCAAGAAGCAAGCUCAAAAAAAUGCUGCAAUGGCUGCCUGGUCUGAACUGAAGCAAUUGCCCCGGGUAGGUGAGCCAUCGUCCUCAUCAUGUCCACUCGAUCAGGAUGAUGAGGAGCAUGAGCAGGCCAUAGUUACUCGCACUCUUGCAAGCUUGAACCAGGCAAAUGGUGGCAAGAUGCCACAUCAAAAAGAAAAACAGCAAAGCAAUAACCGUCCAUCAUCACGAAGAUCUUAUCCUAAAUCAAAUCCUUCAUUCUACCGAUCACAUUUACCAAACCAGGCUUAUCCUAGUGUUCCACCGGAGCAAGCAAUGUACCAUAUGUGGCACCGGGUGCAAGCAACACAACCAGCACCUAGUUUUCCAAUGGUACCAACUAUGGGUAAUACGAGGUUCCAACCACCAGCAGCCAUGCUCUCCAUGUACUCUUCACCUCGAGGGCAAUUGGCCACACCGGCCUGCCAAGAUGCACUAGGUCUUCUUCCAUGUUUUCCUGAAGGUGCUCCUGCCCUCCCAAGGUACUUCUCGCCUUACCCUGUCUCCUAUGUGCCAAGAAGUCCUGUGCCAGCUACUGUUCACAAAAUUCAUGAGAGAAGGCAACAUCUUGCUGAAACAGUUGAGCUUCCUGAUGCCGCGGUCUUCUCCCAGUAUGGUGGUCCACACAAGUUUCAAGAACCACCCAAAAAUGGGAAAGAAGACCGUACUGGUAGUAGUGCUUCCCCUGAGAAAGAAAUUAUUGCUCCUCUCAGUAUCUCAGGCUCAACCACACAUCCAUCAUCGCCAAAGUUGGAUCUGAAUGAAGAAAAAGUAACUUUGGGCAGUAAGCCAAAUAAGUCCCAAGAACAACAGCCAAAGUCACCACCUUGGGUUAGCCCUUCAAUUCCAGCACACGGUUCUAUCCAGGGAAAGCAUUACACUAGCUCUGUUCAGCAUGAUGAGCCCAUCCACAGAAAUGAUCCACCUCAAACGAGUCGGCCUUCGUUGCCAGAGUUGUGGUCUUCCUGCUCAGCAGCUGCACCCAGAUCUGGAGCUGGAGCUGCAGUCCCUGUACAUUCACCAGGUCCUGUAUACCAGCAGCGACCUCCUUGGCUGGCUGCCCCUGUUACAGUCAGAACCGCCAUCCCAGUGUGUUCAGCUAGGCCGAAUGCGGUGAAUACAGCUGGUGGAGCAGCUCGGGUAAGACCCAUCACCCAGAACCGCUUGGCCCUGGCUAGAGGUGAGCCAGAAACUCCCAGAAAUACGAAUAAUGGGGAAAGAGCCCUGACAGCGAGCACUGAACUCAAUAAGCUCCAUGUCUGAGCCACAGUUUCGGUUCUGCUGAGCUUUAAGUUAGGUCUCAGCCUUGGCAGAAUCUCAGUUUCUGUUUCUCUUUUUUCCCUUUUCAGUUUCUGUUCCUCCCUUGUGUUUUAGUUAGGUACUGAACUCUUGAAAGAGUUGUGUGGAGUCGUGCUUGCGGUCUCCACGCUGUCUUUAGAUUCUACAGAUAAUACCACAUCCUUAUCAAGAUAAAUUAACGAGAGUUAUAAUAUAGAUAGAGAAUACAGUUUUCCCUUGUGUGCAGAAUGUUUUUUUUUUGUGCCAAUGUUGACAGAAUGCUGCAUUUUUGCUUGGGGGUUCAGUUUGCAUCUCUAUAUAUACGAUGUGUUGCAUCUCGCCUUCCUACUA